GGGCAUGAGGAGAGGCAUUACUGGUGCAGCCCAACCUGUUCUCCUGGUUGUCAUCCAGCUUGUAGGCAUUUAACUGGCAGAGUCUUCCCAUCCUUGUGACAGAGCAGACUCGACAGGCUAAAGAGGAGACCGAUCUGGCUGGGCUUUCCUUAGGUGGAGGCGGGCGUCCCACGAAGCAGUACACAAGCUACAUCUGCAGAGCACCUUCCGGGGCAUGUCUUUCUAAACACACCUAAGAGAUCAUGAGCGCAGACAGCAUGAGCGGCUUUUACGAAAGCCCGCUGGUGGAGAACGCCGGGCGAGGAGCGCUCAUCGGAGGGAUCCCGGACGGCACGUUUGUCGGAUCCAGCGCUGCGCAGACAGGGGAAGAUGUCGUAGCGGCCACCAUACACCUGGAUCACCUCAGCCGAAAUGAAGUGCAGAACAUCCUGAGGGCACUGCAGCCAUACGGCAACAACAUGAAGGUGGUGACAAAGAAGGAGCUCGGCGCCGAUGCCAGCCCCAGCUCCGAGGGAUUAGGCCUUCAAGGCCCACCAGAGAUGCUCAGUGGUGACUCCGUCGAGAGCAAUCUGUCUACAUCAUCAGCUGAGAACCAUCUUUCUUCUCUUGAUAGCAUGAGAGCAAAGUUACAUGCCUCUCAGACCAUUGGGAGGGAAUACAAUGAGGUUCCCAAUGUGAAUCUCACUGCAUUGUCAGCUGGUGCUGGUGCUGAGGCUGGGGCUGGGGCUGGGGCCGGGGCCGGGGCUGGGGCCGGGGCCGGGGCCGGGGCUGGCUUUACGCUACCCUCCCCUGCAAAGGUUGGUCCAGAUCUUGAUGGCACCCUCACAGCACCCAAAGUCAGUUUGGCCACUCCCCAGCUCAACAAUCACAGUGCUGCUUCACUUGAUAUGGACAAAGCACAAGUCAAGACAGGUAACCUCCAUUACAAAGCGCCCCACUUUACAAUGCCAAAAUUUGAUGUACCACAAGGAGAUGGUGGUCUAAAGCUUCCCUCUGUUAAUGGAGGAACAAAGGGCCUUCAUCUCUCUUCGCCCAAUUUAGACAUGAAUGGAACAAAUGUCGAUCUGAAUGGACCAAAAGUGGAUUUCAAUGCUCCUGCUGUUAACUCGGGAACCCCAAAUGCUGACAUUGGCGUAUCAUCAGAUCCUUUCAAGCGGCCACACCAAAAGUGGAAGCUGAAGAAGCCCAAGCUUCAUGGUGCCAAAACUGAUCUGGACUUUGAUGCAACAGUCCCCCAAGUGGAGGGUGCAUUCCAUGCAUCAAAUGUGAACUUGCCAAAUGCUGACCCCGAUUUAGACAUUCAACAGCCGCAUUUGGAUGGUAAAUUUGUCUGGCCUCAUUCCAAAUGGAAGAAACCCAAACUCAAAGGCCCAAAGGCCGACUUAGACCUACACCAACCUUAUGUGCAUGUGUCAACUCCAAAGCUUGAAAGUGGCAUUCAUGCUCAAGUGGACCUCCCGAAAGCUGACUUAAAAGGUCCCAGUUUAGAUGUUGAGACGCCACAUGUUGGCCUUGACGCUCCGUCGGUGAAAAAAAACUGGCACCUGAAGUUUAAGAGACCCAAAGUACCUGAUGCGAAACUGGACACAGAUGUGAGUACACCAGACAUUGGCCUUGAUGGUAAUAUGAGUGUACCAGGAGUUGACCUGAAUUCACCCGAACCGGGUUUAGACGUGAAUGCACCGAGUGUGGACGUUGAUGCUCCAUCAGGUAAAAUCAGGUUUCCAACUCUGAAAAAGUUCUGGCUUGCCGGACCCAAGGUGAAAACCCCGAGUGUUGAUCUUGACGCUGAUAUGAAAGCCCCUGACCUUCAACUUUCAACUUCACAGCCUUCGCUUCUGGCCCCCGAUCUGAAUUUACCUAAAGCCGACGUUAAAGUGCCUGAUGUCGAUGCUUCUGGAAAAAUCAAAUGGCCUACCCUAAAAAAGCCCAAAUGGUCUCUGUCGGGUCCAAAGGUGAAUGGUCCAGAUUUGGAUGCUCGUGCUUCUACAUCUGACCUGAGUCUCACCUCUCCAAAGUUUGACGGUGAGCUGACCGCACCGGAUCUAGAAGUCAAAACUGCUGAAUUGAAUGGACCCAAUCUAGACAUCAACGGUCAUGCCCCAUCUGGAAAAUUCAAAUGGAUCAAGAAACCCAAGUUUGGUACGCUGAUGGGUCUAAAAUCUGAUGUCGACAGUGAGAUCAAGGUGCCGGAUGUGGAGCUCAAGACACCCGAUGUCAAUUUAACGACACCGGAUGUGGAUCUUUCGCCAAACGUUCGAGCUCCGGACCUCGAUUUCAGCACGCCAAAGGCUAACAUCAGCGGCCCUGAUUUAGAUCUCCACACGUCCGCUCCAAACAUUGACCCGAUUGAUGGCAAAGUGAAGUUCCCAAAAAUAAAAAUGCCCAAAUGGCCAAAAGUCAAAGGCUCCUCAAAUAUUGAUGCCAAUGUUGAUGUUCCUAAUUUAGACGUGGAUACGCCCAAAGUCGAUUUAAAUGCACCUGAUGUGUCCUUGUCAACACCAAAGCUCGGAGGUAGUCUUGAUACAUCCGAUGUCAAUCUGCAGUCUCCAGAACUUUCGAGCGGGCAUUUCAAGUUUCCCAAACUGAAAUUGCCGACAUUGUCAAAGGUCGGAAAGCCCGAUGUUGAUAUUGAUGCGAAUGUCAAGGCUCCACAACUCCACAUGGCUCCUAUUGCUCUAGAUACAGAAGACUUGAAUAUUUCUGCUCCCAACAUUGCCGGUGGCUUUGCUGCUCCAAAUGUAAGUCUCCCUAAAAUGGAUUUAAAUGGUGCACAUAUAGCCAAUGCUGAUUUGGGAUUACCACGAUUGAAUCUUUCUGGCCCUCAAAUUACAAACUCAGGGCUGGACAUGAACCUGCCCCAAGCAGAUGUUAAGGGACCCAGUCUGCAUCUGCCUACGGUACCCGAUGCCGAGGUGAAAGAGCCGGACCUGAGCCUUGGAAAUGUCCAUGUGGCCAACGUUGGCACCAAAUUGCCAAAGGCUACCUUGGACGCACCUGAUGUCGAGCUCAACGGUCACGUACCAGAUGUGGGUAUGGACUUGCCGAGUGCAGAGCUUAAAGGCCCGGAUGCGCAGUUGAAAAGCCCAGUCGUAGGCUUGGAUUCCCACAGAGCGGACUUUACCUUGCCUCACUAUAAGCUUCCAAAGCUGGACCUUUCAAGCCCUGGAGUUGAACUUCCCAGUGUUCAUCCCUCACUUCAGGCUGGACUGGACACACCCCGGGUGGACAUCGGUACGCCGAAAGCAGAUGCAAACACGGUAGAUUUAAGUGCUCCAAAGGUUGAAGGGAAGAUAAAAGGAGCAGAAAUAGAUGUGGAAGCUCCAAAGGUAGACACGGGUCUUGAGAAACCCAAAUUACCACAUUUUAAGGUUCCAAAACUAAAUUUCUCAGGAUCCAAAAGUACAAGCGUCAGUCCAAAGCUGUCGUCGCUUGACGGCGAAAUGUCUUCCCCUGAAAUGAGCACCGACAGUCCUGACAUAGCAAUCAGAGCUGGAGAUGGUGCAAUCCAAGGUUCUCCCAAAAGUAAAUUUAAGUGGCCCUUCAAAUGGGCAUUUCGAUCCAACUCGCUGGAGACGGAGCACGAAAGCAACGCUGAAGCGGACGCUCCCAAAUUCCGAUUGCACACUUUGCCCAGAAAUUGCAUUGAGAGCAAGAAAGAAACUCCAGAUAUCUUUCACCUGUCACGAUCUGACCACGAGGCCAAGGAUUAUAUUGUCAGCAAAGGGAUCCGUUUAGCGGUCCGGAACGCACCGUCGACAAAUGGAGAAAGGGUAGACGUCAUGGAGAGGUUGAGAAUGGCAAUGGAGAAAGCCCCGUCGUCCAACACCUCACCGACAGAGGAGAAAAGCGCCAGCCUGCAGGCUCUCCGUGCCUCUGGAGAUGCGGUCGACUCCGGUUUUGUCCCUCCAGGAGGGACUUUGGAAGUGGAAAAGCCGCAGUGCCCGCUGGGCUUGAUCCAGCCUCCGAGGCUCGCCCACGAAGCCGACGAAAGUGACAAAGUAUCGUUAGGCCUCUCCAACAUGCUGGGACUUGAGGUGUAGAAUUCCCAUUGAAAUGAAAACGGCUCUUUCUCAAAACCAUGUGCAUAUCCCUCUUAUAUUUAUUAUAUACAGUGUGUCUGGAUUUGUAUCUGUUGUCAAAGAUUGAUCGACAAAUGUGAUCUACUUUCCUUGCGUACUGCCUUUUUGGACACUUAACGCUUUCCCUUUCAACAAGUAACAUUGUCCUUUUAAUGAAGUAACUGUGAAUGCAUGUGAUUGAAUAAAAAGAGCAGUAUAUAUGAAAAGA